GUCCGAAAGAGGAAGGGGAGGAGGGGUUCUUUAACAUCUUUUUUGUCCCCUUUAAUCAUUGAAUACCAGCAAAAGAAAAUUUGGAUUUAGAGAGAGAAAAAAGAAGGGCGAAAAAAAAAAAAAAAAAGGAAAAAAGAAAAAGAAAAAAGGGUUAAGCGAGAAGAAGAAAGUCUCUGUGAAAGAGCUUUGACUCUUCUCGCUCAAAAAUCCAUGUUUUGUUCACACAUUGAGUCUCUAUUUCACAAUCUUCAUAUGUUCAAAACCCCUUCAUUUCUUCCAUUCAAUCAAUAUAAGCUCUUGACCUGAAUGUCUUCUAGGGCUUUCUGAGAACUGCAUCUCGUGUCUCUGAAAUUUACAAAGGAUCUUAGCUUUCGGCUCCAUUGGGUCUUCUUGAAAUCUAAAGGGAAAAAAGUUGGAAUCUUUUGGAAGUUGGAGGGUUCUGAUUCAUGGGAAAUUGCUGUGCAACCCCUGGCACUCCUUCGCAGAGGGAUAAGCAGAAGAACAAGAAGAAACCCAAUCCAUUUUCCAGUGAUUAUCCUGUGAGUAGUAGCAAUGGCGGUGGAAACAAGUUUUGGGUAUUGAAAGAUCCCACUGGUCGAGAUAUUUCAGCCCAGUACGAUUUGGGUCGAGAGCUCGGAAGAGGUGAAUUUGGAAUCACAUAUCUGUGCACGGAUGUAAAUACAGGUGAAAAAUUUGCUUGCAAAUCAAUAUCCAAGAAGAAGCUCAGGACUGCAGUGGACAUUGACGAUGUGCGGCGAGAGGUUGAGAUUAUGAAGCAUUUGAGAAAGCAUCCCAAUAUUGUUACAUUGAAGGACACUUAUGAGGAUGACAAUGCAGUUCACAUUGUAAUGGAACUUUGUGAAGGGGGAGAGUUGUUUGACCGCAUUGUCUCAAGGGGGCAUUACACUGAACGAGCGGCUGCAGCUGUUAUGCGGACCAUUGUUGAAGUUGUUCAGAAUUGUCAUAAAAAUGGAGUAAUGCAUCGUGAUCUCAAACCAGAGAACUUCUUAUUUGCAAAUAAGAAGGAAACAUCCCCCUUAAAGGCAAUUGAUUUUGGGUUGUCGGUGUUCUUUAAACCUGGGGAGCGAUUUAAUGAGAUAGUGGGAAGUCCUUAUUACAUGGCUCCAGAAGUUCUUAAGCGUAAUUAUGGCCCUGAGGUUGAUGUCUGGAGUGCUGGAGUUAUCCUGUAUAUUUUACUUUGUGGUGUUCCUCCUUUUUGGGCAGAAACUGAACAAGGGGUAGCACAGGCUAUCAUCCGCUCAGUUGUUGAUUUUAAGAGGGACCCUUGGCCUAGAGUAUCUGAUAAUGCAAAGGACCUUGUGAAGAAGAUGCUUGAGCCUGACCCAAAUAAGCGGCUGACAGCUCAGGAAGUGCUUGAUCAUCCAUGGUUGCAAAAUGCCAAGAAGGCUCCAAAUGUUUCACUUGGUGAGACUGUGAGAGCAAGGCUCAAACAAUUUUCUGUAAUGAACAAGCUCAAAAAAAGAGCUCUAGGGGUCAUAGCUGAGCAUUUGUCAGUUGAGGAAGUGGCUGGAAUAAAGGAGGCAUUUCAAAUGAUGGACAAUGGAAACAAAGGUAAAAUCAACCUUGAGGAGCUUCGGAUUGGUUUGCACAAGCUUGGCCAGCAAAUUCCUGACCCAGAUCUUCAAAUACUAAUGGAAGCUGCUGAUGUUGACCGUGAUGGAGCUCUGAAUUAUGGAGAGUUUGUUGCGGUUUCAGUUCACCUGAGAAAGAUGGCUAAUGAUGAGCACCUACAUAAAGCCUUUUCGUUCUUUGAUCUAAACCAGAGUGGUUACAUAGAAAUUGAAGAGUUGCGAAGUGCUUUAAAUGAUGAAGUUGAUUCCAACAGUGAGGAAGUCAUCAAUGCUAUUAUGCAGGACGUAGAUACAGAUAAGGAUGGGCGUAUUAGUUAUGAGGAGUUUGUUGCCAUGAUGAAAGCUGGUACAGAUUGGAGAAAAGCAUCCAGGCAAUAUUCAAGGGAAAGAUUUAACAGCCUCAGCUUGAAGUUGAUGAGGGAAGGAUCAUUACAAUUAGCCAAUGAGGGUAGAUCUUAGACGAAGACAUAUUUAUCAGGAAAUUGAACGAUGUUUAAAAGUGGUAGUAUCCCUUUAUUUUUUAGUUGUGCUUAUUGAAAUUAUAAUUAUUUUUUCAUUUCAUUUUUUUCUAAUAGACCUUGCAAGAGGAUGGGAUUAGGGUAAGGAUGUUAGUUCUCGAGAUAGCAAUGUUUAGGAUCUGUUUGUUUUGAGGUAGUUGCAGAAGGAAAAUUAAUGGUAGAGAGAAGUUGGUAAGAUUGUUAUGUCAACCACAUUUUAUGGUUGUAAAUAUGUCAAUUUAGGCCCACAGGCCUCUUUUUCC